UUUUUUUCUUUUCAAUGCACUGUCGUUGUUAAAAAGCCUUUGCUUUGCUGUCUUGUUUAAAGUGCUCCCAGACUCAGGAGUCUGGUAUACCAGGUUCUGCAACAUCUGAUCCGGUUAGGUGUGUUGCUUUUUGAGGCACUGUUUUGUGUGUCAAGCUUGUAGAAAUGUGUGUGAAAUAUACUGACACAGUCAGAGAGAAGACAGAGAUCGACUCCUGGAAGGACAGUAGGGUCUGUCACAGUGUGAACAUUUGUCAGAGCACGUGGGCUCUACAGGUCAAGACAUCCAGAUAGGUGCAAAGCGCUGCAGGUGUGAGCGAAGCGUUUCCAUCCUGGAUCGGCACAUAGACUGAACAUUGACAGAAAAGUCAAUCAAGGUUAAGCAAAGCUUAGAUCAUAUGAGGACUCAAAGAACUUUUGUGUUGUCUGCAGUGUGGUCCCUUUGUUACCUGCACUAACAAACAAAGUUAGGUUCUAAGUGUAUAGCUUGAGGUGUUUUAAAUUCAUGUGAUAUUUUUUGUGGCAGCCCUCUGUAUGUAAGUGUGAGAAAAAGAGGAAAAGAGACUGUCACUGUGACUGAUUGUGAGUGAUUGUGGGAUGUUGUGCAGUGUUGCAGUCACUCUGUUUCAACACUGCAGUUCUCAUAACAGCCGUGCACAGCUACACUCCCCCCCUUCCUCUUUCCCGUCUGAUGCCACUGAUAGUGCAGACAUGGGGCCUCUCACGUAUUGCAUGCCGGCUGUUCACUGCCACCCCCAACCAACCCUCGCCUCCAAUCGCACACCACCUCUCACCAAAACCACCGCCUCCCUCUGGGACCCCCAGUUGACAUUCAGCGCAGAGGGUGGAAUUCAUAAGACCUGAGUAUACUGCCCGUCCAGUAAUUAGGCACUUAAAAUGCUCAAUUCAAUAAUAUUUAAAUGAUGGGGAAGCUGGACACUGGUCACUUCUACUGUUAUACACUGAUGGAUCUAUAGACACGUGCCAUGUUCUUGCUUUUUUGAAUUGCUUUUGAAUUUUGAAUCAGGGUUUAUGUUGGCGUGUGAGACCAGCAGCCCGCUUAAGACUGUUCGCAAAGUCACUUCAGUGGAUGGCCUCAGAAGUGGAGGCCAGAUGGAAAUUGGGUCACAUGACCGCCUCCAGGAAGGCGUACUAAGCCUGGAACUGGCCAAUGGGGUGAAUUGCUACCCUAAUGAUGAUGAGACAUCUAUGGAAACAGAGCAGCAGGGCGCAGGACGCGUGCCUCCAAGGCAAUGGGUGUCAGGGCAUUGCAAGAUCAAGGACACCCAACAACAGCAACCAUGCUGGACCAGCAGCAGUGGUACACACCCAAGUGAACCUGCCCACCAUGCAAACAUGGAGGAUGCCCAAAAUCUGGUGGCUUUUUCUGCUAUUGCUGGCUCCUUGCCUCCUUCUUCUUCCUCCUCCUGCCUUGUGCAGCCUAACACAGCCCAACUGUAUGAGAAGUUCACCCAGGAGAUGGGUUCUGAGGGGUCUCAGGCCAGACUCUCUGCAGGAGCUCCUGAGGGUAGCUGCCAACCUCCAGAAGACCUGAACACCCUACAGACUGCACUGAGCCAAGCCAAACAUGGACACAAGCCUCCUAACUGCAACUGUGAUGGGCCUGACUGUCCAGACUACCUUGAGUGGCUGGAGAAGAAGAUUAAGCUGGCAACCAGUGAGGAACAAGGUACGUGCAAGAUGGCUGAUGCUCCACAACACUUGCAGCCACACCUACAGCAACCCCAUUUGCAGCUUCACCCUCAGCCCUACCACCAGGUGAACGGUGGCCACCGUCUCUCUACUGCAUAUCCCCAGCAACAACAGGGAACUCUUCCAGACCAAGUGCCCUGCUCCAAACCCCCAAUUCCUUGCUCUCCCCAGGUGCUCUCCAUAGCCAAGGAAAAGAACAUCAGUCUCCAGACAGCCAUUGCCAUAGAGGCCCUGACCCAGUUAUCCGGUACUGGUCCGCAAGCUACCGUCUCUCCAGGCCAAGCCCCCUACAACAGUAACCUCCUUCACCUCCAACAUACUCAGAACCUCCCAUCUCACCCCCUUAAUAGCACUAGCUCGAUCCUUUCCUCUCCUGGCACACACCCAACCUCCUCACGUUCUCAGUCCGUCCCUCCAGGGCUACAAACAAGCCAGCAGGCCCAAGUGUCUUCUGAGCACCACAGGCCCCAAUCCCAGGGCCAGCCACCACAUGCUUCUCCCCUCCCGUCCUCUACCUCUCCCUUCCCAGGUCAGGGAAAGCAUCCAGGCAUCAGCCCUAGUCCCCAACAGUGGCAGCAGGGCUCAGGCAAGGGCUCUGAACAGAUGAACCCUUGGAUGUGUAAGAAGUCUGAGCCUCAGUCUCACUAUGCAGCUGCACCUCACAGUAGCUCAGACCCCAUGUCAGAGCUCAAACAGCUGCUUGGUGACACUAGUGGCAAGUUCAACAAUGCUCCUUUCAAGCUUCCAGUCACACAGCAGCUCAGACUGAACCAGAAUGGAAGUUUCCAGGCCCAGGACAACCCAGCAUUGGCCAGGAUAAAGCAAGAAUCAGACUCUGGUGAGCACUACCAUCGUACUGCCUCGACAGGGCAUUAUGGUAUGGCUAAUUGUCAGCAGCAGGGUCACCACUACCCUAGCACUCCCCUGUCUCCUGGCCAAGCGGCCAUCAGUCACUCCACUCAGGCAGCUCUGCAACAGCACCUUCACUACAAGAGGAAUCUCUUCUCUAACCACUCCCCUGGCUUUGGAGCACCGGGCCCUCGUGCACCUCUGGCUUGCCAAAACUUGAAAAAAUGGUGGCCACAGAUGGAGGCAGAAGGUUUGCCACAUUUUGCCAUCAAACAGGAACCCAAGGAACCCAAGAAGAAAAAAAGCAGCCAAGGAUCUCCUGUCAUAAAAGCUAUGAGUGGAAUGCUUACAGUCCCUCCUCAGCCCAAACCCAAACAGAUAAUCAUCAAGAAAACCAAGCAGAAAGCCUCCAUGCCAACCUUCCUGCCUCAGACACAGAUCACCAUACAAAAACCACCAGUCCUCAUGAUGGACAGAGUCCCGGCCCUGACCAGCCUGCAACCAGGUUCUCUGUCUUCUCUGCCCCUCCACAAUAACUCCACUCAGGCUGCUGCUGCAGGCCUUACAGCCCCAGCCCAAUCUCAGGUAUCCAUUUCCAACUCCUCAAUGACUCCCUCUUCCACUGAUUCUGCUUUGUCAGAAAACACUCCUUCCCCCAUAGGUCUUCUGCUCCCACCUGUGGCCACUGUAGCCCACGCUAAAUCAGAGGGAGUGGGCAGUCUGGCCUCCAGCAACACCAGCACCACCACACCUCUGACCUCCACCUCUUCAUCUAGCUCCUCACAGUUACCAAAUCUCAUCAACAUAGAUCCGAAGUACGAAGAACUCAUCCGCCAGUUUGAAGCUGAAUUUGGGGACUCAGACACACCUUCUAGUCAGCCCAUGGAGGAAAAUGCUACCGCCCCUCAGCUGGGGAAUCUGUCCCAGAUCAGUCCUCAGGACCUCAGUCCCAAAUCAUUAUCCAAAUCCCAGUCGGCUCCCUUAAUUCUCACCACUCAAGCCAGCUCCACACCUCAUCCAAACAAUCAUGAGAUGGAAGUUAGCAAGGAUGAGUCAGGGACCCAAAGUGAAACAACCUUGAAUCAGACAUCCAUAGAAAUACCUAUGGAGGGGCAGCAUGAGGCGCCGCUGCACAUGUCUCUGCAUCAGGAAGCCAUUCUGGACAAGCAGCAGCAGCCCUGUGUAGUAGAGGAUACAUUCAGCAUGCCAGGUUCUCCGCUACCUAAACGCAUGAAGAUUGAAGCCUCGGGUGAUAUAGCAGUACUUUCCACCACAUGCUAUUCUGAGGAGGACACGCCCACUAAGGACAGUCUGCCUUCUUCUCCAUCUCUCAGAGGCUUUUUGGAGUCUCCUCUGCGCUACCUGGACAGCCCCACUAAGACGUUACUGGAUACCCCCUCCAAGGAUCUACAGGCAGAGUUCCCCACUUGCACCUGUGUGGAACAAAUCGUGGAGAAAGAUGAAGGGCCCUACUACAAUCACCUGGGAUCUGGACCUACUGUAUCCUCCAUACGAGAACUGAUGGAGAAGAGGUAUGGAGAGAAAGGGGAUGCCAUCCGUAUUGAGAAGGUGGUAUAUACAGGCAGAGAGGGCAAGAGCUCCCGAGGAUGUCCUAUUGCUAAGUGGGUGAUCCGUCGUAGCAGCGAGACAGAAAAGCUGCUGUGUCUGGUGCGUCAGCGUGCUGGCCACCACUGUGCCAAUGCUGUCAUCAUCAUCCUCAUCAUGGCCUGGGAAGGUGUCCCAAGGGCCCUGGCUGACAUGCUGUACCGCGAGCUCAGUGACAGUCUCACCAAAUUUGGCAACCCAACCAGCCGACGCUGUGGCCUCAAUGAUGAUCGUACCUGUGCAUGUCAAGGCAAGGACCCUGAAAAAUGUGGCGCUUCCUUCUCCUUUGGAUGCUCAUGGAGUAUGUACUUUAAUGGCUGUAAGUACGCCCGAAGCAAGACACCACGCAAGUUCAGGCUGCAAGGAGAUCACCCUGAAGAGGAGGAAAAACUCAGGGACAGAUUCCAGCAUCUGGCAACUGAGGUGGCUCCUUUGUACAAGAGGUUGGCCCCACAGGCAUACAGUAACCAGUGCCAGUCAGAGUCAAAAGCUCCAGACUGCAGGCUGGGUUUGAAGGAAGGCCGUCCGUUCUCUGGAGUCACUGCAUGCAUGGACUUCUGUGCCCAUGCUCACAAGGAUCAGCACAACCUCUACAAUGGUUGUACAGUGGUGUGUACUUUAACUAAGGAGGACAACCGUGAGGUGAACAGGAUCCCUGAGGAUGAGCAGCUGCAUGUGUUGCCUCUUUACAAGAUCUCCUUGACUGAUGAGUUUGGCAGUGAGGAGGCCCAGCACAUGAAGAUGCGGACAGGGGCCAUCCAGGUGCUUCAGAAUUUCCGCCGUGAGGUACGCAAGUUGCCUGAACCUGCCAAGUCCUGUCGACAGCGUAGACUGGAGGCCAAAAAGGCUUCUUCAGAGAAGAAGAAAAAUAAACUGAUGCAGCAGGCAGGGGAGACGCCAGAGAAAACUGAGGUCAAGGCUGAGGUGUGCAUCACUGGUUUCCCUCAACCCCAAGGCAAUAAAGCAAUUAUAAAGCAAGAGGUGAAGCCCAACAUCAAGAAGGAGCACUUCAACGGAUCAGUAGAUGGAUACCCUGUGCAGGCAGCAGACCCAUUCAACAACAUCUGUCCACAUCCUGCCUACUAUGCAAGGGGAGGCCUUCCCCCAACUGGCCAGCCCUCUGCACCAGAUCCAGUAAAUGGUUACCACCACAAUCUGCACAAUGGCUACUACAACUACCCCCCCAAUGCACUUUUCCCCCGUAAGCUGAGGACCUACGAAGGUCGAAAUGGCUCUUUGCCCAAAGCAGGCAGCAAGGCUGAGCAGGUAGACAAGAAGCCUGAUAUUCAGAGCCUUCAGGCCAGAUUGGCGCAGUCCUACCCCAGCUACGUGGAGCAUGCCAGCCAACUAAACCACAGCAGUCACGGUCAGCCUGCAGACUACAAACAGUCUCGUCCUUCCUCCGUCUCCUCUGAGACCUCUAACAGAGGCACUCCGGUCAUCAAACAGGAACCUAUGGAUGUGCCAGUAUAUGAAGGCACAAUGCCAAGCCAGGCUGGUGCCAACACACCUAGCACCACCCCACAGCCUGCCGCCUGGCAAGGGCACAAGCUUAAUGGAAGUAUCAUUCCCACCGACUGGGACAGCCAUCUGAACCCUAAACAAAGUCCUCAAGCCUCAUUGUUGAACCCGGACAAACAGCAGUUUCACCAGCACCCCCAGCAGCAGCAGCCCUCUCCUUACUCCCAGCAGUGGACAUCCUACCUUGGCUCAAAUGCCCUGAUGGUUUCUCCUGCCCCAUCACCAUCACUACAGGUACCUUCAUCUCCAUCUCCAUCCCCUCACCCAGGCACAGUGCUACCAGGCAACAUAUUUCAAGGCUCUACACUCUCUGCCACCCCACGCCCAAGCACCCCUCACCCAGGCACACCGCAGCCUGGUAGCUCUCACUCAGGCUCAGUUACACCACAGCCAGGCACCCCAGGCCCAGGUACCCCCAGGCACUGGGCCAGCCCUGCUCCCAGUCCUCAACCGAAUGCUUGGGCCAUGGGGGCAGUGGCAUAUAGCCCUGGUUUGAAGCACAGCAAUCCUGCAGGGGCCUACCCUGACAAGAUCUGGUCCAAGACUGGGGAAAGUCGGUGUUCCACUCCCCUUGGGCUCCAAGAAAAGGCCUGGAAGUCUUGUGGAGGUUCAGUGGCAGGCAAUACUCCUUCACCUGCUCCUGAAGGUCGCCUCUUUCCUGAUGUCCUGCAGCAGUCAGAUCAGGCUUGCUGGAACCCUAGCCGAGCUGAGAGUGACAUUGAGAGCACUAAGGGCCGUGAAGAGGAUGAGGAUGAGGUGUGGUCUGACAGUGAGCACAACUUCCUGGAUCCCAACAUUGGUGGUGUAGCUGUAGCACCAGCCCAUGGCUCCAUCCUAAUUGAAUGUGCUCGUCGGGAAUUGCAUGCUACCACUCCACUCAAAAAGCCUGAUCGAUCCCACCCCACCCGCAUCUCCCUGGUCUUUUACCAGCACAAGAACCUCAACCAGCCCCAGCAUGGCCUGGCUCUAUGGGAGGCCAAAAUGAAGUUGCUGGCAGAGCGAGCUCUGCAGAGGCAGCAGGAAGCAGCUCUCCUUGGCCUCUCCCAGGAUGACAUCAAGGCUCUUGGAAAGAAACGCAAGUGGGGACCUGGGGUGGCAGGUGCCAAUCCAGGACCUGGGCAAUCUAAGGACAAGAGGGAGGGGCCAGUGACGCGGUUAGCCCCCACGUUUCACACAACCUCUAUGGUUACUGCGUCUCCCUAUGCCUUCACCCGCCUCACUGGGCCCUAUAGCCACUUUGUCUGAGGUCAGACAGACACAAACAGACUGAUUGCAACAGAAUGGUGCAGUGGAGGGCUGGAGAGAACAAUGAGCAGGAUGAAUGUCUCUCAGCCGUCCCACAGUCUGGCAUCUCUCCAUCCUGCCCCCUCCACAGUCCACUUGGAGGAGGGCACAUUUUUAUUGUUUUUUACCUCAUGUCAGGCAGUGGUUUGGGCUUCAGACACACUGCCUGUGGUGCUCUUCCUCUCUCUGCCCUGGAGAGGAACUCCAUUGCUUUUUCUUGUUUAUAGAAUUUUAAUGAUUCUAAUUAUUGCUAUUAUUAUCAAUAUUAUUAUGAUUGCUAUUGUUACUGUCAAUGUUGUUAUUACAGGUAUUAUUAUAAUGAAGACGUGUUUAUUUUUUAUUAUUGCUGUUUUCAUUAAUGUUAUUAUUAAUGAUGUGAUUGUUUUUGGUUAUAUAUUUUUUUUUUAAAUCAAUCAGUCUGAGUCAGUCAGAUUCAGACAGUUGCUUUUUCCAUGUUUGGAAAACGUGUUUCUGUUUAAUCUUCUUUGUUCUUGUCAAUCUUCCAGCUGUUUUUGGAGGAGGAGCCAUUUUCUGCCUGGCAAGACAGCAAAUCAAUAUAGUAGUGUGUGUGUAUAUAUACAUAUAUAUAUAUAUAUAUAUAUGCAUACAUAUAUCUUAGCUUUAUGUUAAGCCUGUCUAGGUAUGAAUUACAGUUAUUAUCAACCUGGGCCUCCAUUUCCUAGGGACUGUGUUAAAAUGUUGCAUUGCUCAGGCCAAUAUUGAUUUAGUUGGCCAGCAGCGCUGCACAACACAGCCACACUGUACUGGGUACCUGCAGCAUUCAUGUUUUUAUUUUUUACACAUAAUUUAUGUUUGUCUUUGUGUCGUUUUAGAUUUUCCUAUUAGCAAUCUGUGUACUUAAUUGCUGAAUAAUAGAAGAAAGAAGGAACCCACCAAACAGUAUAAUCUGUAUCAGAAUUGUUAGUUGCGUCUGCACUGAUACAAACACUGUACCUUUUUGAUGUAGCUACUGUAAUACAUAGAAAACGUAAAAAGAUUCUUUAAAAUACAGGCUACCUGAAAGAAAGUUGGGAUGCUGUGUAAAACAGAAACAAAACAUAAUAAUCUGGUAUCUUUUUUUUUUUUAAUCUAUACUCAGUUCAAAACCGUUUUUCAGUGAUUUUUGUAAAUAUAUGUUUGUUCUGAAUUAUGUCUACAUCACAUUUCAAAUAAGUUGGGAGAGGGGCAUCAAAACACCAGGAAAGAUGUGAAAUGUUCAAAAAACACCUGCACUCCACAGAUAAACAGUUUCAUCGGUAAUAGGUGAUAGUGUCAUGUGAGGAACAUCCUUGAUGUAAUCGUUCACAAGUGUAAGUGUAAACCACUUGGGGUCAGGAACACUUCGUAAAACCAUUGUCAUAAACACAGUUUUCUGUGCAAAUGAUUGCUGAUCGAAUCAAAUUUUUCAUUUUCCUUUUACACAGCGUGCCAAUUUUUUUGGAAUCAGGGUGGUAUUACAGGAAUACAGUUAAAAGCAGUGCUUGGUGACUGUGCGAGAGAGAGCAGAGCCCCUUGAAGGCUGCAACUAAAUUCUAAAGUCAUAAACAUAAACCAAUCAUCAUGAUGCAGAAAGUAGGAAAACAAUCCCAGGUUAAAAAUACAUUGGGAGAAAACAUUUCUGCUUCUCUUGUUGUUAGAUGAUGUGCUCCUCCUCCUCUUCUGCACCCCUUCAGCUUUUGACUGGUGCUCAACUUCCAGCUCUGACUGAUUCUCAUUCCACUACUCUUCAUGGCACUUGAUGCUAUACUCAGGUGCUCUUUCUCAAAUCUGGGUCAACUAGUAUUGGCAAGUAAGUAUUUUUGUUUUGACCAAAGUGGAGUACUAGAAUGAUCAGACAUUAUUUUAAGACCUUUGUCAUGUAAAGAAAAGUAGAACGGAUUAUCUUACAAAUGCUUUUUUGUCAUGAUUGCCUAUUUGGAAAACGGUAGGCUACAUAUCUGCUACUCCCCAGAGGCUAAAAUAAGUGAUACUGCUUGCAAAUGUAAUUUGACCCAGAUCUGCAAUUAUUACCACAUUAAGAUGAAACAAGUGACACACUUUAUCUUCCUAUCACAUUCAAGUAGGGGUGAGCACUUCCCAGUGUAAACUCUAGAGGGCAGCAGUGACUGCCGUUUCAAAGUGGUGUGUACAAACAAACCUACAAGCGCUUGAGAUCCAUUCAGAAGCAAGUCGAGCUUUACCUUGCUGCUUUAUCCAUCCAUGGCCACAAGAGGGGAAUCUCAUGCCCUUUUUGCUGAUCAUGGAUGGGCCUCAGCAAAGCAGCUCAAGGAAAAGCUGAUCUUUGUCCCAUUGAGGCACAAAUGUGAAUGAAGUCUGGAGAUGCUUUUGGGAAGCCCAAUCUGGGUUAGAACAGAUGGAAACAGUGUUGGGACAGCAGUACUUUUGGUGCUCCUACACACACUCGGUGCUCUCCUAUUACACUUGAUUUACUGUGAAGGGCCCACUCCUUCCUCUGCAUGGUGCUGUCAUCUUCGAGCAGAGCGAGGUGCGUCCUUCUGCAGGCACCUUGUCACCACAAAGCCAGCCAAUCAAAGGGCUGCCCUGUGGUUGGAACCUCUGUCACUAGGCCCAAGAACCGGUUCCUUUUGGGGAGUUCUUGCAAUUUCUUGUGACAAGGCGGUUUUGUCUCAAACAAAGUACACUGUACAGGGCAGAGAAAGCACAGUCAUUCAUUUUUGGUAACCCUUUCCCAGAGACAACAGUACUGAAAAUUGAAGGGAGACCUUGGAAAAAUUACUGUAGCUACUGGGAGUUGGCACUAAAUGCAAACCCAUCAAAUCAAUGAAUCUCUCACUUUGUGUGCACGUGUGUGCACAUGUGUGCUUGAGUGUGCGUCUAUGUAUGCUGGAUGUGUGAAAGAGAAGAGUCAAAGAGAGAGACUAUUUGACAGCCUGGACAGAGUCCCAUGAUUCGUUUUUAUUUCCUUUAUUUGAUUCAUUCAGUUCAAAAGGUGCAACAUGUGUUGAAAGUGAAAAUGAGCAACUAAUAGAACCCGAACAGGCUGACUCCUGGCUGCUGGGUGGUUGUUCAGGUUGAGGCCCUGGUCAUCUGUAAAAGACCCUGUUACCUCUCCCAAAGGUCUCCAGCUCUCUACCUCACGCUGUAGAGACACUGGUCACAAUCACAACUUGCUACUGAGGGAAGAGAAUUGUGCAUAUGUCCCUUGUUUGCUCUAGAGCUCCACACUCAUUUUAAUCUGCUUUCUUUUUUUUUUUUACUCUUAUUUAUUACUACAUGGUGAUGAUGAUAAUGAUUGUCUUUGAUGUUAUUGCUUUUUUCAUCUUUUUUAUAUAGCUAAUACAAAUUGUACAUAGAAAAGAAAAGAUUUAUAAAAGCACUUUUAAUCUUGAUUUUAAUGACUAAAAGAAAGAGCCAAUUAUUGACAACUUGAAGCUUAGGGUUUUUUUGUUUUUUUUGUUUUGUUUUGUUUUUCUCAAGAGAGAGAUAAAAAAAUGUAAAUAUUAAAAUAUUUAGGUAAGAUUAUUUAACUGGUGAGGAUAGUAACUAAACCAUGAAUGACAAGGGGGUAUUUUGAAGUCUCUGACAGUCCUCAACAACAGUAAACAACACUUGGUCCCAAUGUGUUGUGUGUAAAUGUGUGCUCAGUAACACUGCUGUUUUGCUUUCAUAAGUACUGUACCCCUUGUCAGCAUGUAACUGACAGAGAAAAAACAAUUCUUUUGCCCAAUUACAUGACAUGAAAUUACACUUGACGUUGUGGCGACAGUCAAAAUAACUGGAGGAUCCCCCAUGUUGCAGUUCUCUGAACAAAACCACAUAUCUACAACUAGCAUCAAUUUUAGAGUUUUAGAAAGAUUUGUUUGAAAAUUGUGACAUUUUUCAGCAAGAGAGAACCCAAGAGAAAUUCUCAUUCCAAAUUUCAUUUUAAGUUUGAAUAAUACCAAAAUUGUAAUUAUGUGGUACUUGACAGUACUGAUGUACUGUCAGUAAGCUAAGAGCAAAUCUAAGAAGGAAACCAUAAAUCCAAUUUGUACUGUGUCUUGUUUAAAGUUUGACAUUUUUAGGAAUAUACUUGCUUUCUUGGAUGAGGAGGUUGAUACCAGUCUCCUGUCAGUCAUGUCUAAAUAUGUAGCUAAAGUCAGCAGCUGCAUAGCUCAGCUUAAAUUAACUUAAAUACUCGAAACACAUGGAAACAGCUCACCUGGCUCUGUUAACAGAUAAGCUAACUGACACGUUCUAUGUUGGUUAUUUAAUUCCCUCAAAAACCAAAGUCAAGGUGUGGUUAUAUCUCAGACUGCUCCUUCCAGUUAACCAGGAGGGAUUUCUGUAAGUCACUGCAUCUUUUCCAGUCUUUAUGCUAAGCCAAGACAACCGACUGCUGGCUGUAGCUUCAUGUUUAGCAUACAGAAAGAAGAGUGGUAUUGAUCUUCUUAUCUUAGUUGUAAAAUGUUGAACAGUUCUUUUGGAGUGGAGUUGCUCUUGAUAAAUUUACCAACAGUUAUGGGGGUAUUUAGGAACAUACUGGGAGCUUCAGAGCCAACAUGAGGGAAUCAGUGGGCAGUGUUUUAGUGAGCAAUAGCCCAGCAAUCUUUUGUCAGUUGUGUUUGACUAUCAGGUAAGAGACUGCACCCUGCUUGUUUAGAUGUAUCUAUCAUUAUUAUCCACUCUAGUUCUCAUAAUAGGAAGUAUGCACUUGGCAUUCAUCAUGCCCCUGUUUAGUUUGCAGUAGUUAAUAAUAUGAUACACAACACAUCAUGGCCAACAGGUGCAGACUGGUACAGCAUCAGGACUGAUUUGACUUUUGAAUCAUAAUGGCCCACAUAACUCACACACACACACACACACACACACAUACACUUGCCUAACAAUGGGUGCUGAGGAUACAGUGUACAUGAUAACUUAAUAACGUUGUAAAUUUCUAAAUGUCUCACAAGUUUGGUGGAUGGUUCUCAUUAGAGGCGUCACCUCCCUUGCACGUACUGAGAUGGGGACGGUGGGGCGGGCGGCGGGGGUCAGCUGGUGCUAUGAUGACACACCUUAAAAUUCACUGUGUAAAAAAUGUGAGGGAUAAAUGCUUACCACAAAUAUUUUUCUGAGCUCUUCGAAUGUCAAGAGAACUAUACUUUUGAUUCAAGCAGUUUCACAGGAUUGGAAGCUGCCCUGGUGCUGACUUUAUGAAAAGUCUUUUGUUACAACGCUGCAGAUUUACAUCUCUUUUUGAGGGCGGGGAGCACUCAAACAGUUGAUUACAUUCUCUAUUAAUAUUCAUUCCAUAUUGUACUUGAACUCAUUAAAAUUAGGAUGAGAUACAGAAUCAUAUUAUAUGAAGACUGUUAUCUGAGUUUCUUAUUUGGUACAGCACAAGUACCAAAGGCUAUUGAAAUUAUGUUUUGAGUAUGUUGUACAUGUGGAUGGUAACUGAAUGCUAAGAUAUUUGAACAAUACAAGAAUAGCAAUUGUGUACUGCCUCCCUCUUCCUCUCCCUAGCCAUGCACUUCCUUUUACUCAACCCUUCUCUUUCUCCGAACACCUUGUAUAUUUUGUCUUUCUCACAGAUACACACACAUAGAUAUACAUAUGCAUCUCACUGGGUAUGGCCCACAUUUAGAAGUCUGUUGAACACCUCAUUUAAUGAACACUCUCCAAAUCUGGGAUAGAGACUUGGACCCUGGCCCAUACAAAAAAAAAAAUCUAAAUGAACCUACACAACUGGCAGCUACAUUCCUUUUUGAGUUUUAGGAUUGUUCUUGGUUCAUUAUUUUCAUGUCAAGGAUGCAGUAUGUAAAAAAGUGUUUUUGUUCAGUCUCUCUCUCUUUGUAGCUGUAUGGUGUAUUAUGUGAAUACAUAGUGUAUGUGGUAAAAACUCCACAAUAUUGUUUUAUGUUGCGCGAUAAAUAAAAACAUUGAAGUGAAAAUA